CUCCCCUCUUCGCUGCUCUCAUCUCCCUCUAUCUCUUUACUUACGAUCCAAAAGCUCAAAAGCUCUCAAAAAGAUGUCUCUUGGAACUGUCUACGCCACUCCCGAGGAGGCCAAGCGCAUCAACGCCAUCGCUGCCUUUGCUGGUGUCUCUGUCGACGUGAAGGAGCCCAAGGCUGGUACCCUCGUUACUCCCACCUUUGAGGACAAAGAUGGCUUCGUUGUCUUCGGCGCUGGUGCCGUCGGCCGUUACAUCGCCUCCCUCGCUCCCAACUCCACUCUCCUUGGCUCAGACGCCAAGGAUGCCGCUGUUGUCGACCAAUGGGUUGCUCUCGUUGACUCACAAGUUGUUCAGCACAGCGAGUUUGUGAUCGGCCUCGUCACCGGCACCAUUGUCCCUUACUCGAAACCCAUCCAACAAUAUGGCGUUGAGCACUUGACCGCCGCCCUUACCACCAUCGAGGCUGCCCUCGUCACCCGCACCUUCCUCGCGACCGAGCGUAUCACCCUCGCCGACAUCGCCCUCGCUUCUGCGCUCCAGCGCGCCUUCUCACUCACUGUCGACGCCUCCCUCCGUUCAAAACUCCCCAACACCCUCCGUCACUUCAACACGAUCGUUAACCAGCCCAGCCUGAAGUCUGUCUUCGGCGAGACCACUUUCGCGGAGAAGGCCGCCGCUUACUCACCACCAAAGAAGGAGAAGAAGGAGGAGGCUCCUAAGGCCGAGAAGGCCCCUAAAGCUGAGAAAGCCCCGAAGAAGAAGGAGGCCGAGGAGGAUGACGACGAGCCCUUGGUCCCUGCCGAGCCCAAGGCGAAGAACCCCUUGGAUGAUCUGCCCAAGUCGUCGUUGAACCUUGAGGACUGGAAGAGGGCGUACUCCAACAAGGACACCCGUGGUGCUGGUGGCUCCCUUGAGUGGCUCUACGAGAACUUCGACAAGGAGGGCUACUCCCUCUGGCGCGUGGACUUCAAGUACAACAACGAACUCACACAAACCUUCAUGUCCUCCAACCAGAUCGGCGGCUUCUUCAACCGUCUCGAGGCUUCGCGCAAGUACUUGUUCGGUUCCGUGGGUGUUCUUGGCGAGACCAACAACUCCAUCAUCACUGGUGCUCUCAUCGUCCGUGGCCAGGAGAUCCAGCCCGUCGUCGAUUGCGCACCCGAUUGGGAGAGCUACUCGUACGAGAAGCUCGACUUGUCGAACGAGGAGCAGAAGAAGUUCUUCGAGGGCGCUUUGGCUUGGGAUUUGGAGAUCGAUGGAAAGAAGUGGGUCGAUGGCAAGAACUUCAAGUAAACGUCCAUUGAGAAGAAGUCAUGAAGCUGUAGCCACUGUCGUAGUCGCCGGGAUGUAUUGAUGAUUACAGAAGUCCGUGUUGUAGAUCUCAUCUUGUUGUCUGUCUUGGUAGCUCUGUAGUUCUGUCCAUCCAUCCGUAUAUUCAUUUACCCCUGUUUUUGGUAUCAUUCUUCGUGGCGCCAGUAGCGUCUUGAUCUGAUUUUUUUCCCGACUGCUUGACACUUCUGAUGAAAUAUUAGGGUGCUUGCGUUGAGUAUAGAAUGUCCAAAGAAUGGGCAAC